AUGGACAAGUCUGGAGAUUGUUACGUAGGGGACAGACUUACGAAGAUCAUGGAUGGCAUCACUUUCAAUUGGGACUGGAGCAGAAAUCCAAUAGGAACUCGUGAAGUCCAGGACGUUUCGGAUUUGGAAAAAAUGUGUUAUGAAACGAAUCUUAGCAACAAGGAAGACCAAUGGAUUUGCACUCUGGAUGACACGGGGGCCUUCUCGGUUACGAGGAUGAGAGCUCUAAUCGAUUCAAAGUACCUUAGAAAGGACAACCAUCCUACAAGUUGGAACAAGCUCAUUCCGAGUAAGGUUAAGAUUCAUAUUUGGAGAACUUGCCGGGACAAAUUGCCUACUUUAGAUAAUCUUGUCAAGAGAGGUAUUACGGUGGAUACCAAUAAAUGUAUUCUUUGUAAAGAGGAAGCGGAAGAUGUUAACCACAUUUUUUUGGGUUGCAAGAAGACAGGAGUGGUGAGGGAGGCUAUCAACAAAUGGUGCAAUGGUGCCUUUGAUGUGGACGGGAGCUUAUCGGUGGGUGAGGUCUUUUACAACUUAGGCUCCCAUAAACCAAAAUCCAAACCAGACUUCAAAGAGUUGCUGCUUGUUGCGUAUUGUUGGACAAUUUCGAAGGGUCGAAAUGCUGAAAUAUUCAAAGGUGUACCUUUCAAUUCUUACCGUGCGGCUAACGAUAUUCAGUUUUAUGUAUACUCUUGGCUUUGUAAUCGUAGUAAGGAUCAUGGCAAGUUAGAUUGGAAUAGGUGGUCUUGUAACCCGGACAUGGUGUAA